AUGUCCCGCGCCCCACCGCGGGGCGGGGAUUCGGCGCUGGGCUUUUCCCUCUUCGCUCGCCAGAGAGACGGACGGACGCACGCACGGACGGACGGACGGACGGAAGGCCGCCGGGAGACCGGAGAGCCCCAUCCCGGAGACGAGAACCGAAAAGGGAGAGCAACGCGGCAGAGACGGCCCCGCGCGGGGGAGAGAGAGUGGUGCGACGGCGCCCUCGGCGCCCCCGAGACCGCGACAGAACGGCAGGAGGAGGAGGGCGGGCGAAGGGAGGAGGGGGUCCGCACCCCCUGUCCCCGGCCCCCUCGCCUCGCGCGCGCGCGGCAGCACGGCACGGUACCGCCGCGGUACCCACCCGCAGACAGCCGCCCGCACGGGGGAGGAAGGCCGGGGGCGAGGCCCGCGCCUCGCCUCCCUUCUCGCCCUUCUCUCUCGCUCGCACUCUCCGUUCUCUCGGCCCUCGGCGGCGCUUUCGACGCCGUCUCUCGCUCUCCCCCGGCCGCCGCCACCGCAUCCGCGGCGCGGCCCCGGCGAGGACGAGCUCCGCCCCAGCGGCUCGCUCCGGGAGCGGGGAGCUACGGAGCGCUCCCCGAGUCUGCAUUUAGGGGGACGAAGGCCCUGCGCGGCGACCGCGACGACGACGACGACGACCGCGACGACGACGCCCGCCGGGCCGCAGGCCGAGCGGCCCCUUUGUCUCUCGCGCCGAGGACGCGCGGGCGCGCGCCUGGCUUCGACCGUACGAGCACACAGAGAAACGGAAGGGGAAAAAAAGAGAUCGGAGAAGCCCACGCUCCGAAGGACCGCCAAGAGGCGGGGGAGCCCGCGCCCCCGACCGCCUCCCCCCGCGAGGGGAGACGCCGACCUCACAUGCCGUCCUUCGGAGGCGGCCCAGGCGCCCGGGCUCGGCCCGGCCUCCGCGCGGAGGGCCACGCGGCGCGCGCCGGGCACGCGGGGGGCACGGCGGCCCGCCCGCUCUCGCUUUCACGGGACGACGCGCACACACACACACACACACGGCUCGGGCCACACGCGGCCGGGGGCGCGGCCGUCGGCCCCCGCACACGCCGGCUCCCCUUCGGCCCCCUUCACCGCGGGGCUCGCGGCGCGCCGCCGCGCCGCCGCGCGGCCGGCUCUCUCUCUUCCACGGCGGCCUCACCCCGCUCGAGACGGCACGCGACGACGGCCGUGCCGCCGGCGCGCCUUCCCGCCCGGCGGGACCGCUCCCGCCGGGCGGGCCAGCGUCCGGGCGGACGCGCUCCGCCGCCGGCCCCGGAGGCGGACGCCACCGAGACCCGAGCCGGCGUCGCCAGCGCCCGAGGCCUGCCGGACGGCAGGCCCCGCCGUCGCCGGGGCCGCACUCCCGGGGCCGCCGCCGCCGCGUCGCACCGCCGGGGCCCCUUGCCUCGGCACGCGCCCGGCGGAAGGCGUACGGCGCUGAGCCGGGGGGCAACGCCCGCUCUCCUCGUUUUCACGCGGAGACCGGGCGGGGGAAGCGCCCCCGCGGCCGCCCGCACGCCUUCCUACGGCCCACACGCGGCCGGGAAGGGCGACGGAGGACGCGACGUUCAGGGCCCGGGACGGGACCGCCGCCGGCGACGGCGGGCGCCCUCCGGCCGACCGUCCCCGCUGGGGGGGACACCCGUCGAGCGGCGCCGCCGCCGCUCGGCACGGGGUCGCCCGCGCUCGCGGGCCUCCGCCGACGGAGGGCCCGCCGGACGCUCGCCCCCCGGGCGGGCGGGGGAUCGAGCCUGGGGGGGACGGCCGGCGGACGGCGCCGCCGGUGCAUUCGAGGAGGAAAGGCCGCCGAGGGGAGAGGGGCCGGACGCGCGGGACGCGGCGCCGCGCGCGCGCGAGACACCGCGGCAAGCGGGCCGAGGAGAGAGCGCGGCGGGCCCCGGCGGCCGCAACCCCGCGGCCGAGGAAAGGCAGAGAGCGGGCGCUCUCUGCCGGCGUCGCCCGUUACGACGAGGCGAGCGGGUCGGCCCCCGCGGCCGACCGCGCGCCGCGGCCUCUCCGCCGAGGCCGGGCCGCGGAGAGGGGGGGGCAGGGCGCCCCUCCCCGGCGCGGCGCGGUUACCCCCGCGCGCGCGUGCGGCGGGGACGACGACGACGACGACCACGACGGAGGGAGCUCGGCCGGCGGCCGCGGACACCACCGCAGGGGCUCGGCGGGAGUAGCUGCUCCCCACCCCUCAGUGGCGCCGCACCGCCGCCCGGCGACAACCGCCGCCGCCGCCGCCGCCGCCGCCGGCACCGCCGCCGCCACGGCGGGCCGCGCCGAGCCGCCCGAGUCUUUAAACCGCCGCCCGGCUCGCCGGCCCCCUUUCGGCACCCCCGCAGCGGCGUUUGGCGACGCCGAGGGGGGAAACCUGGGGGGGAACCGCCGAGGCGCGGAGCGCUAGGUACCUGGCCCUGGGGCGAGGGAAACGACCUGCAUGGCCCCGCCGGGGUGCCUCCCCCGCUGCCGCCCUCAGGGGAGCGUCCACCGGCGGGGGCGCGCCCGCCGUCUGCCGCCACCACCGCCGCGUCCUUCUCGGGGCCCGGGGUUUCCCUCAGUAGCCCGGCGCUGCGCCCGAGAGGACCGCCGCGGCUCGGGCCGCCCCGCCGGCGCGGGGACGCGGCCCGACCGCCGAGCGCGCCGCGCCCGCGCGCCUGCGCGCGCCCCGAAGCGCGGCCCGGAACGCCCGGAGGGCUCGGCCCUCGGCCGCGCGAGGGGCACCGCUCGGCCCGAGAGCGGGAGCUCCGCCGGCGCGGCAAAGCCCCGCUCCCCGGUGCGGGAAGGGCCGGAGGAGCCGCCUCCUCCGAGCCCCGAAGGCGCCCCCGCCACCUGCUCCCUCGCCAUUUCCACAUCGGCCGCCGACGGGUGCCACGGCCGGACGGCCGGCCGUCGCUCGACGGGCGAAGCAGCGAGGGGAGGGACGGGCGCGCCUCCGGGAGGGGCCCUGCCGAGCACCCCUCCCUCCCGGCACCCGGGCGGCUUUCUCGCGCGCUCCGAGGAGAGCCGGCCUCGGGAGAACUCGGGCCGCCGCCAGCGGGGCGCCCGCACGCGACACCCGGCGACCGGCGUUCGGCGGCGCCGGCCGCCGUGGGCGGGAGGCUCGGGGCCGGCCGCGGCCCCGCUCCCCGGCGGGGACGGACCGGCGGCAGACCGGCGCGAGGCGGGGGGGAGGAGGAGGAGGAGGAGGAGGAGGAGGAGGAAAGCCGCCGCGACGGCGGCCCGGCGCGCCGCGCUUCGAGGCCCGGCCGCGACGCGCGGUGUAGCGCGGGGUCAGCCCCGCCCGCGCGCACGGUGACGGGCGCGCGCGGCGCGCCUGGCCGCGCCGAGCGGCCCCCCCCCCCCCCCUCGGCUCGCUCUUCUCUCUCCCCCGAAAUCCCCCCCCGCCCGGAGGGUUCCGCGCGCCUCCGUCACUCUCUCUCUGGGGCUGCGGCGCGCGGCCUCGACGGGAAGGGCGUGUGGCCUCCCCGGUGCCGACCGAGGCCGGCGGGCCGGGGGGCCGAGCGUUCGAACGGAGCGGGCGUGCGAGCGACGCCGCGCGCGCGGCCGGCCGGACGGCCCGGCAAUGCGGCAGGCGCCGAGCCCCACCGGUAA